AUGACUGAAAACGAUGAUUCGAGGUUUGUUCUCCAGCGCGCUGAAAAAAAAAUAAAAAAUGGUUUUCAAUUUUCAAAUAAUUUAUUUCGCGGGCGCACACAAUCGCUGCGAGACCCUCCCCGCGAACCCAAAAUUUGAAAAAAUUCUUUUUUUUAUUUCCAGUUUUUUUUUCAUUUCCUAGACAAAACAAACACUAUUACAACGUCAAGUGCAUGCGGCCAAACAGCAAAAACACAUGUCCUCCCCCUCCAAACCAGCACCGCCCAUUUCCUUCCCCCCAAUAAUACUUUUUGGAGGAGGGAGUGAUUCAUUCAUAAAUAUUAGUGUGUUUUUAUUGAUUUUUGCCGUUAUUCAUUUUGUGUGCGCGACAAACUUGACUUCUAUAAUUAGAUAUUAUGGAUUUUUUUUUCAAAACUCAUUUUUCCAGCGUUUCCAUCGAAUUUGCUAUGUCAUGGCAGAAAUGCAUCAACAAAGGAGGAUGUCUUUAUGAAACUGUUCAGGUAAAUACAUAUUUUUCUCUGUUUUUGGGAAGGAAAACUUCUAAAAUCGAUAAAAAUGCAGCUGUUUUAUGAAAUUUCAGCGAAAUGCGUCAUAUUUAAAAUUUUAUGACGAAAAAUAAUAAGAAAAAGAAGCAAAUUUAUUUGUUUCUGGGAAAAUAUGACAAAAAGUGAUAAGGAAUUGGGCUAAAUCGGAAUUUCCCGGAAUUAAUUGAAUUUUAUGAAAUUAGAUAUCUGCCCUUCAUAUUUUCCUGUCAAAAAUAGUAAUCGUCAAAAAUAGAUUUUUCGUAUUUAUACUACAAAAUAAUAAUAAUACAAAAAAGGCGUAACCAAGAAAAAUAAAAAGAGAGACGCAGAGAUAUCAGAGAGAAAAUGACCUAAAUUGAAUUGUUUGUGUGUGUGUGUGUGGCUGGCUGGGCUGAGAUUGACUUUUUUUGAAAAAAAUGGAGAUUUUUGACAAAAUUCAGUAUAAAGUUGAUGAUAUUUUGUUGAAAAAUAAGGUAAAAAUCUUAAGCUUUUCCCUAAAAAUUUCAUUUUUUGCAGGCGAUUCGAUGGUUUCCCGUGCUAAUAGUUGCAAUUGCUUGUGGUUGGGGAUAUUAUGCGUAUAUUUAUGAAUUGAGUAUAAAAACAGUGGAUAAUUGGCCGCAACGAAUUGUGUAUAUUUUGGGAUUUCAUGUGUUGUUGGUGCUGUUUGUGACGUCAUAUUUUAAGACGAUUUUUACAGCGGCUGGAAAACCGCCGCCAGAGGUGAGGGGAAAAUUUUCAAUUAAAAAAUCUUAGCUCCGGGUUUAAUUAAAUUUUUGCAUUGUUGAAGCAAAGUCUUGUGGAAACUUUCAAAAUUGAAAAAUUUUAUUCUCCAAAAAAUUAUUUUCAUUAUCAGAAGAAUUCCAGUUAUUUGGUUUUUUUUGUUGAAGAAAAAAACAAAACAAUUAUUUUCGGCUAAAAAUAGAAAAUUGCAGACAUUUUAAAAUUUAAUUAAAAUUUUUGGUUAUAAAAAUUGCUCCCAAAAAUCAGGGGCUAAGGAUUGUACACUGAAAUUUUAAUUUCAAAAUCAUCAGAGCCGCGCCUAGAAAUUCGAAUUGUCAAGGAUCAGCGCCUAGAGAACCUAGUUUUCAAGGGGCCACGCCUAGAAAUGAUAUCAUUCAAGUAGCCGCGCGUCUAGGUCUCGCGUCUUGAGAGCUUCUAUGUCAAGUAGCCGCUCCUAGAAGUUCCAGCGCCUAGAGAGCCUGAAAGGAAGCUGUUCCGGAUUACGAAUGAUUCAAAUCAGGUUUAUUCAUAGGAUUUUGUUCAAAUUACUAAAACACGGCUCAAAUUACUAAAACAUGGAAUCCAAUAAGUUUUGCACACACAAACAUCAUCAACUUCAUGGAAAUUCGAAAUUAUCCCAGUUUUGUAACUUUUUUAAUGAAAAAAUAAAUUGUUUUUGACACAAAUUUUCAAAGUUAUUUUGACGAUAUUUGGUUUCAAAAUCUCUUUUUCUUCACAAAUAAUAAAUCUAAACGGAAUGUUGAAAUUCACAAAAGCGUUAAAAAAUUCCGACUUAAUGUAAAAUCAACACAAAUCAACACAACUUCAUGUGAAAAAUAAUAAUUUUUGAGUUGGAGUGGUCCGGAUGUAUUGAAAAAAAUUAUUUGAUAAUAAUUAUAUCGAAAUUUUGAAACGUAUUUUUUUGUUUUUGAAAAAUUAGAAUUUUUAAAUCAAAAUUUGACUCAAAAGCCGAAAUGAAACUAUUUUGAGCUCAAAGUUUAUCAAAAAUCGCAGAUUAUCAAGAUUUUAUAGCUGAAAAUUUGAAAAAAAAAAGAAGGGGGUUAUCCCUUUUGCCAGAAAUUUUCAAAAAUAGAGGUAUUUUAAUAAAAUAUCCAAUUCCAGUUCUGUUUCGAAGGCGAAUCGCUUGAUGAAAUCCGCUCAGCUCAAGACGACGAUCGAAAACUUCAAGCAGUUCUCCAACGAUAUGUUCAACAACGAAAAUUGCCGCUUCGAGUUCGAGGUUUCGAAAAUUCAGUGAGAUUUUGCGAAAAAUGCAAUUGCAUCAAACCCGAUCGAUCACAUCAUUGCUCAUUAUGUGGACAAUGUGUACUGUAGGUUACUGUACUUCAAGCUUUGGUUACUGUAGACAUUUUCAGAAAAUUCGAUCAUCAUUGCCCUUGGGUCAAUAAUUGUGUGAAUUUUACGAAUUAUAAAUUUUUUCUACUAUUUUUAGGGUGAGUUUUUUCUUUUUUACUUUAAAAAAAAUCCUUUAAAAAUAAAUAAAUUUUUUAAAAAUUCAGAUAUGGAUUCACAUUUUGCCUAUGGAUAUUUUUCACCGAUUUACCGUAUUUUAUCGAUUUUUGGAGGACCGAAUUCAGCGGAAAUCAGAUUACGGUAAGAUUUUACUGCCAGAUAAUUUUUUUUUACACGAAAAAAUAUUUCAGGGCGGUCGAUUUCAUCUACUUUUUCUGGUUUUUGUGUCGGGAAUGUUUGCUCUAUCACUUUCCGCACUAUUUUUCUAUCAUUUGUAUUUGACAGCCAAGAAUCGGAGUACUGUAGGUGAGUACGGUAGUUUUUAUUCGAAUUUUUUUGGAUACUGUAGAUCACAUUUUAGCCAUGUUUUUUGUCAAAUUUGAAUUUCGCGCCAAGAAUCUAUUAGAUUACUGUAUUUGGAAAUUUCCACGUGAACCAUAUUUUCGCGUCAGAAAAAGCUCCUACUGUAGAUCGAAAAUCCCGGGUUACUGUAGAUCAAAUUUCUAGUUUUAGAACAUCUGUUUGAUUACUGUAGCUCAGAUUUUUUGAAUACUGUAGAUCACGAAGGGGGGAAUGAAUUACAGUAGAUCAAAAGUGGUUUACUGUAUCCACAUUUUUGUGCAAUUUUUUUUCAAAUUUGAAUUUCGCCCCAAAAAAUCGCAUAAAUUACUGUAGAUCAAGAAUUCUCGCGCUAAAAAUUCUAGAUAACUGUAGAUCAAGGAGUACUGUAGAUUUUCGCGCCAUUUUUUUAUUUUUGGUUACUGUAGAUCAAAUUUUCCCGCCAAAACUUCAUAUUUUUCCAGAAUCCUUCCGUGCGCCUUUAAUCGACGGUCGCUACGAGAAAAACGCCUUCAACCACGGCAUCCGAGCAAAUUAUCUGGAAAUUUUCGGAGCUCGAAAAUUGUUUUGGCUCCUGCCAGUUUACACGACGUGAGUUUCUUCUUUUUUAUUUUUUUGUUCGGGAGCUAGAAAUUUUUAAGUUUUGCCUGUUCAAAAAAUCAAGCCACCCUGUUUUUCUGUUUUUCCACCACGUUUUCCUCUUUUUCUCUCACACCCUCCACCACACCAACACUCUCUCUCACCCCCUCCUUUUUCCUCUCAAUUUUUCAGUCUCGGAUCUGGUGUGGAUUUUGGAAUCGCUUGGAAUCGACUGAGCACUCCACCUGGCGCGGCUCCAAAUGCUCCGAUGAGCCCACGAAAUGUGGAGAAUAUUGAGAUUGGUGAAAUUCGACAGGCACUGAGUCCAACUGAGCAAUCAGAGCAAUCAGAAGAAAAUGGUGGAGGAUCGAAAAUGCAUGGUAGAGAAAACAAUGGGUGGCUUGGUUUUUGAGUUGAAUUGGUUUUCGCGCCAAAAAAAUUAAAUUUGAUUACUGUAGCUCAAUUUUUUGUUGUGAAUUCGGCGUAAUUUUGAAGAUUUUACCCCCCAAACCUCUACAGUAACCCUAACCUUUUGAAAAAUUGAGUGAAUGUUGUUGAAUGCGUCGCGGUCAUGCGAUGCGUGCUUCAUUUUCGUGCCAGAAAAUUUUUGAAUUGAAUUACUGUAGCUCAAAUUUUGUUUCUCAUAAUAUUUUCUCCCAAAUCUCUACAGUAACCCUAACUUACAGUACUCUCAAAAUUUGAAAAAAAAAAAGAAAUUAAUUUCAAAAAUUGUUUUCUGAACACAAAUGUCGUUGAGUGCGUUGCGGUCACGCGAUGCGUGUUCAUUUUCGAAAAAAAAAUUUGAAAAUGAAAAAAAAUGUCUUCAAAGUACGCAACGCGUGACCGCGACGCCUACAACGACAUUUUUGCCAACGUUUGUGUAUUUGACAAUAUGUACAGUACCUUUUAUAAAUUUAUUAAAAACACAAAUGUCGUUGGAUGCGUGCUUCAUUUUCAAAAAAAAAAUUUUUUCAAAUUUUUUUUCCAAAGUACGCAACGCGCAACCGCGACGCCUCCAACGACAUUCAAACAUUUUCCACUCGCCAAAAUUUCGCCUACUCAAAAUCCCCCAUUUUCCAGGCUCGGAGACGGUGUAA